AUGACGAAGAUGGAGAGUCUUAAAAACCAGCAGGACGAUGGACAGAAGGAGGAAGAGGAAGAGGAAGACAAAGAGAAAGAUGAAGACGAAGAGGAAAAGAAAGAGAAGUCAUUGAAGGGAAACAGGAGGAAGAAGAAGGAGCAGACAGAUAACCGCCGCUCACAGGAGGCGUCGGACAUGCACGAGCUAAAGGAGACCGGCCACACCCCCGAACUGACCGCCGAGCAUGAUGGGAAGGAGGUUCCAGUGAAGAGGCAGAUCGCAGCCAAACGGAAGCCUCCGUUACGAAAGAGCUGCAGUCUGGAUGCAGAGAGACAGACGGAGAGCAGGGCCACCUCCUCAUACUGUUCCACCCACACCUUCAACUUCCCCUGCUCCCCAUUGGAUACCAACCGACGAGUCCGCAACAUACACAACCAAUCACAGCCUGCCGCCACGGAGGCCACGCCCUCACCCUCUGUGACUGGCCCAUCAUUUUCUGACAUCCAGAGGGAAUUCGGGAAGGAUGCAUCAAGAGGCAGCCUGUCGGAGGCGGAGCUUCACGACGUGAUGAUGGAAGAUUCUCUCUCCAAUGACGAGUACGAUUGUGCGUCACCUGACGACAUUUCCCUGCCGCCACUGGCAGAGACUCCAGAGUCCAUCAUGGUUCAAUCAGACGUUGAGGAGGGCUACUGUUUCAGUUCCCACAGCGUCCACACUAACCAGUACAGCCGCCAGUCAGAGGGCAGCGGCACUGGUACUGGUUCUGGUACUGGUUCUGGUACUGGUUCCGGUACUGGUAGUGGUGCAGUCCGACAACACAGACAGUCCAGCCGGACAGACAGCUGUCCGACUCCUCCAACCAGCCGUCACAGCAGCUCUAGGUUCAGAUCAGAGUCCAGUUCGUUUGUGCAGAGUCCAUUAACAGUUCCUGCUCCAACCCUGUUCACCAGCACUCUGUGCAGCAUCCUGAAGACUAAAAAGACCGGCACUGCCAACGUCUGUCUGGGCGGCCCUGAACCAAGCUUCCCCUCAGUAUCCAACCCACUCGACAAGGAUAACUCUUCAGACAGUUGUUCCAAGAAAGACAAUGAAGUCCCCGAUAAGAGGAACCCCUCAAAAACUGAACCAGUACUAAAGGAGCAUGUGAGUCAGUACAACCAGCCUCAAAGGGGAACAGGUUCACUGAGUAUGAUCACCCAAAAUGAUGAGACCCUGCUACAGACUGAUCCCCAGGUUGCAGAACUCAACCACAUCCCUGCCAAGCUCCCCCAGUCCAGCUGCAUUCCUGAGGCUUUUGAUGGUCCAGACCCUGAUUGCCACAAAGACAAAACCCCUUCCCAAGAAACUAGGUUCCUCAAAGUCAACACUACUUUCCCUCAAAUCAAAACCUUAAUUUGUCAAAAGAACCGUUUGUUACAGUCUUUUCCGGACACUGUCGACGCAGUCUCCAAACAACAAAGGGACAGUUUCCUCAGUACACCCUUUGGUGAACCUUCGGACAGUCAUUGCACCUUGACACAGUCUAGCAACAAUCUCAGGCCUAAGCAAGAACAGUUCAAGACCUUGCCUGAAAUCGGUCCGGGCAAAGCGUUCGCUCUUAGCCCUAUCAUGCCUACUCUCCAUAAAAACACUAGGCUCCUUAAAACCUGUGAAACUUGCCUCCAAACCAACACAACCCUCCCUGAGAACAGCAAUCUUUCAAUAUCGUCCCUGGACUCUGGGAGUGGCCUUGAUCAGGAUGUACCUUCCUCCCAAACCAGCAAAGAAGAAUCCUCCAUGUCUGCAAACAGCAAACAAACUGUAUACUGCCAGUCCUCAUCUAUAAAGAGUCAUACCUUGAAACAGUCUAGUAGCCAUCUCAGGUCUCAGCAAGAACAGUUCAAGACCUUGCCUGUAAUCGAUCCGGACAAAGAGUUUGCUCAUAGCUCCAGCCUCCCUCUUCUCCACCAAGACAGAAGCCAAGACACUGGAAUCCUUAAGUCCUGUAAAACUGGCCUCCAAACCAAGUCCUGUAAAACUGGCCUCCAAACCAACACAACCCUCCCUCAAAACAGAAAUCUUUCAAUAUCGUCCCUGGACUCUGGGAGUGGCCUUGAUCAGGAUGUACCCUCCUCCCGAACCAGCAAAGAAGCAUUAUCAGACUCCAUGCCCCAAAGCAGCAAAACUGUCAAAGAUACUGUGUACUGCCAGCCUUCCCCUUCAAACAGUCAUUGCACCUUGACACAAGUUAGCAGCAAAUUCAGGUCCCAGAAAGAAAGCACCUUAUCCCAGGGUGGUUCAGGUGUACCUGAGGUCCAUGCCUCCAAUAUCCCUGAUCCAAACAGCAUCAGCAAUACAUUCAGCAACAAGCACCAGACAGCCUACUCCCUCCAUGAGCCCUUGACCUCCAGCUGUACCCAGCAGUGUGUGCAUGACCCUGGCAUAACCCCCGCUGCUCCUCCUCUUCCUCAGCCUGAACCACAAGCUUUGGCUCAUCUGCAUGUCACCCCCCUUUCCUCUCCACCCCAUCUACUAACGCCAGACCAAGACCCAACCAUUUGUCAGCCAAUGACCAUCCGCGAGGAGAUCAGGCUUACCCCUCAGAUCCAGGGGCCUUCCCUUCCUGCUCCUGUUCCCCAGGCCCAGGCAGAGUCUCUUCCCCAGGGAAAAGCCUCUCACCCGGGCCCUCCCUGCUUCACCAGGCCUCUUUCUAGAGCCACCGUCAUGGAGGGCUCUCCGGUGACUCUAGAGGUGGAGGUGAUGGCACUCCCCGAGCCCACGCUGACCUGGUGUAAAGAUGAAGAGGCCACCGCGGUGAUUUCCUGUGAGAACGGGAAGCACUUCCUGUUUGUCCCGGAGGCGUCGCACUCAGAUGGGGUUCAGGAUCAGAUCGUCAGCAGCAGUGAUAAGUCCUGGGUUCAGGAUCAGAUCGUCAGCAGCAGUGAAGAUUCGUGGCUGGUGUCUGGAGUCUUCAACGUCCUCGCUGUGGACUGGCAGUCCUGGUUGGGGACCCUGUGCGUCCUGCUGUGGCUGCUCUACCUGAUUCUACUUUAACAUCUGUUUUCCACUGCAGGAACUUAAAGACUUUCAAAACCUGAACUUCCCAAAAGGUGUUUCCCUCUCCUGUAGUCUGUU